AUGAAUUCCAGUUCUCAGAGCUCGGGAAGUACCAGCAGUGCCUCCGCGCCCCGCGUUGAGAGUUUUGAUUCCGACCUCGAAACUCAGCUUCGAUAUCUUGUCCCGCCUCAGCAUGACCAACAUCAAGAUGAAUUUGCUUCUAGCCCACUGUUGACGGUGCCUGCUCUAAAGACCUGCCCAGACAUCCAACACGGUCUUAUUGGGGUCAGCAGUGUCUCGUCCAAGAAGCUCAAUGGUUCUGAGAGUAGGGCGGAUAUUCUUUCCGCAAGGGUCUUCCAGAAUGUCACCGCUCCGGCUUCGACAUUCAUCUGUGGCAGCCAGGGAGCCGGCAAAAGCAACACGCUUGCUUGUCUGUUGGAGAACUGUCUAUUACGCAGCAAGCUUGGCAGUCUGCCUCGUCCUUUGACGGGAAUUGUGUUCCAUUACGAUGGAUUCAACUCGGACCUGAUCGGGCUCCCCUGCGAAGCUGCCUUCCUUGCGUCUGACCGGCAACAACGGAAAGAGAUGUAUGCUGACGACGACAAUUCCAAGAAGACCUAUGCCCGGGUUCCCAACGUCGUCAUUGAGCCAUUCCGUCUGAGAGACGAGGAUCUCAACACGCAGAGAAUGCUCAACUUAAUGGCAGUAGGCGCCGGGAACGUACCCCUCUACAUGCACGUUGUGACACGCAUCCUGAGGGAGAUGAGAAUUAGCCAGCAAAAUUCCGGUCAACCAUUUAAAUAUUCGCAGUUCAAGGCCACGAUGAACAAAGAAGACCUGCAGGUUGCGCAAUCGGUUCCCCUCCAGCAGAGACUGGACACUUUGGAGAGCUUCAUGGCAUCAUCGGCGAUUCUUUCGAAAAAACAGAAGAAGGCUAUGAAAACGACGGAAGCAAACAACUGGACGCCUUGCCCAAGCCAACUUAUCAUUGUCGACCUUUCCUGCCCAUGUGUCACGUCGGACAUGGCAUGCUCCCUGUUUAACAUAGCACUCCAACUGUUUCUUGAAGGUGACAAGAGUGUCAGUCGAGUAGUUGCUCUAGACGAGGCGCACAAAUACAUGAGGGAUAGCUCCCCGGAGUCGUGCAUCUUCACCGAGAAUCUGCUGGGCGUCAUCCGGCAGCAAAGACAUCUCGGCACGCGAGUCAUCAUCUCUACUCAGGAGCCGACAAUUUCGCCCAAGCUCCUCGACCUAUGCUCCGUGACGAUCGUCCAUCGCUUCACGUCUCCGGACUGGCUCCGUACACUGCAGAAACACUUGGCCGGAGUGUCCUCGUUGGUGCCUGCAGAGAACGAGGGAACCGAGGCUAAGAAGAACCAUGGGAGGCCUGGCGUGCACCCCAUCACUGUCCGUGGAAGAGACCCUGCAGCAGAACUCUUCUCGCUCAUUGUCAACCUUUGCACUGGCCAGGCUUUGGUGUUCUCGCCUAGUUCUAUCAUUGGGAGCAAAGACCUCGAUCGUGGGUGUACGGGUGGAAAUAAGGGCGUCAAAAUUGACGACACCGACAGCUCAGAUGACUCAAGCAGUGGGAAUGACAGCUCGGAGGAUUCCGACCGGACCCUUGAAGCUGCAGAGCGUCUCUCCCAUCGGGUUCUGAGAGUGAACAUCAGAGCUCGGCUCACAUCAGAUGGAGGGCGGAGUGUGAUGGCUUUGUAA